ACCAGAGUACGUGGCAAAGAGAGAAAGCCCACCCAGCAACAUAAAACGCUUUCUCACUCUCUCACCUCUCUCUCUCAAACGACGCAUCCGCUUCAUCAUAACAGCACUUCCUCUUUUCUUUCGCGUUUCGAUUCUGCAACCCCCAAACCCUAACACAGCGUUGAUCAGAUGGCGUCUAAGCGGAUCAACAAGGAAUUGAAGGACCUGCAGAAAGACCCUCCUGCAUCUUGCAGUGCUGGUCCGGUCGCGGAUGACAUGUUCCAUUGGCAAGCGACGAUUAUGGGCCCAGCGGAUAGCCCAUUUACUGGUGGGGUGUUUCUUGUGACAAUUCAUUUCCCUCCAGAUUAUCCUUUCAAACCGCCCAAGGUUUCAUUCCGCACAAAGGUUUACCACCCUAAUAUCAACAGCAAUGGUAGCAUUUGCCUUGACAUCCUCAAAGAGCAAUGGAGCCCGGCCCUCACGAUAUCCAAGGUUCUCCUGUCUAUUUGCUCUCUGCUGACUGACCCCAACCCAGAUGAUCCCCUGGUGCCUGAGAUUGCGCAUAUGUACAAGACUGACAGAGCCAAGUAUGAGGCUACUGCUCGGUCAUGGACCCAGAAAUAUGCCAUGGGCUAGGGUAACUAGUUGAUGUGCAAAAGAUAUUUUGCACAUUCUCUAUCGUAGUAAAUAAAUAGUGUUGAAUUGAUCUAAACAGAUGAAACUAUACUAUAUUGUAAAAGCAUUUUGGCGCUACAUUAACUUUAUGGAUGGAAUUUGGUCUA